UGUGUGUGUCAGUUUGAGAUACCAGGGCAGAUGUCUGCAAGAUGCAAAGAGGGUGAACACUUGGAUGGCUUGACCAGACAAUGCAUACCCUGUCGCAUGGUCUGCCAGCUGUCACAUGUAAUCCCCAGAUGUGCCAGUUACUGUGAGUCUGCCCUUUGUACGGUUAAGCCCGGCCACUACUUUGACAGGCUGGUGAAGAAGUGCGUGAGGUGUGCAGAAAUUUGUGGCAGACAUCCUGCAGAGUGCUCCCAGUACUGUUCCACUACGCCCCAUCCUGUGCCCACCAAACGGCUGCAGGCUAAAGUUACCAUGGAAGUGAUGAAAAACAGGAUGCCUCCAGGACUAGCUGACUCCACCAUCCAGCUCUACUCCCUCCAGGCUGUGUGCAUGGGGCUGCUGCUUUUCAGUUUAUCUCUGGCCUUGGUUGUCUUUCUGAGAAGAGGCAGAAGCUCCAGCACAAAACCCCCAAAGGCCAGUGACAACAAGCAGAAAUGUACAGUCCAGUCAGGACAGGAGUUUGGAUUUCCAGACAGUCAGACAGGAAAGAGCUCCAAGGAUUUUCAAACAGUCCCAAACUAUCCAAACUGUCGUGAACCAUCUGAUGAUUCCAACCCAGUCGAAACCUGUGUUUGUGUCCAUUGCUUCCCUGACCUGAGAGUACUCAACCCGGACAGCAACCGACCACAGAGAAUGCCCUACUCCUUCUACCAGCAAGCCGUCCUCCACAGAGCCCACAUCCAAAAUGGAGGGUCCAUCUGGACCGAGGAGAACCUGGCCCGUCCUCAGAUGGAGGUCCAGGAGGAAGUGGCACUGGGAUAACGGUUCAUUUGAGCUCACUAAAUGAGUCUUACAAUGAAAGAUUAAAGGUUGCCAGCUGACUCAGAUUUUACUGAGAAGGUUGCUCAGCUGUUGAAGUUAGGCAAUCUUUGUUUCUGCAAUAUUUAGAACAAUACCUGCCUCUGUCAUUUGUUUUUGUUUUGUUUUAAUGUCAAACUGAGUCACUAGCAGACACAUAUCUAGAACAAAUGUAAUUGGAAUGCUAAGACACCAGGAUGUAGCAAUAAAGAUGUUCAUGACCCUGAUAUAAUAAACAUUAGCCAUGUUUCCAUCAACAUUUUUUAAUGCGCAUUUUGAAGUAUUGCAUUAGAAAAGGCAAAUGGAAAUGGCAAGAUUCGAAAA